CUUUUCAGUGUAUUCUUUGCCGCGGUCAGUGUUUUCAUCUCCUGGCCUCUGACCACAAGAAAGAUGGCCGCCAGCAGUCCUCGGCGCUGACGUCAUAUACCUGCGCCUGAAGGUCAGCGCUGCCUGCACGCUGCUCAGGGUCAGUGACAGAAAGUGGUCCCCAUGGAGGAAGAUAAAUCAGGAAAAGACGACUACGGCUACCAUCUGUUCCCUGAGAGAGACCCCCGCGGUCGUAAGCAAGAGCCCUUUCUGUCCAAGCUGUACGGGCUGAAGCUCAGGUGCAAGGCGAGGAUGAAGAUCUCAAUGGAGACGAGUCCACAUGUCAAAUUACUUCUUGAUGCCAUGAGUCGGGCUGGUUGCACCGCAUACAGGGACAGACAUUUCGCGUGUGAAGAAUGUGAUGAACGAGUGGGAGGAGGUUUUGAUUCUUCUACCUCUGAGAUUGUUAUAUGUCAGAAUAAUAUUAACGAUCAAGCAACUAUGAACAGAAUGCUGACACAUGAGUUGAUUCAUGCUUAUGACCACUGUCGUGCACAAGUUGACUUUUUAGGCAACAUUCGACACUUAGCCUGUACUGAGAUCCGAGCUGCCAGUCUCAGUGGAGAUUGCUCCCUUACCAAUGAAAUGUCUCGGUUCAAGUUUGGUAUUAAGCAGCAUCAUCAGACUUGUGUCCGAGAUCGAGCAGUUGGCUCCAUUAUGGCUGCAAGGAAAAUCAGUCAAGAGGCAGCAGAAAAGGCUGUGGAUGAAGUUUUUGAAUCAUGUUUCCACGACAGAGAACCUUUUGGUCGCAUUCCUCAUAACGCAGCUGAAGCAAAUAUGGCGUACAAAGAGUUUAGAAAUCGUGGGAGAUAUUAUGCGAAUAUAUGAAAUAAAUAACGUAUUAACCCCUUCCCGACAUUGGCCGCGAUGUCGGAUCUUUAAAGAUGGCACUCGCUCAUCUCUGUGACAGCGGACACACGGGCUAAUGUUUGCGAUCGGCAAUAAUGCCAAUCUAAGACACUUAACCCCUCAGAUGCAGAGGUCAAAUGUAAGCACGAACUUUGAGACCAAUGUGAUCCCAGGGCCAGAAUGCCUUGCCCUCGCUGAGAUUGGGAAAUGCGUUCCUUAGUAGUAAUAGGCCUGAGCCUGUCCAAGGCUACCAGGUGUGUUACAAGUAUAUUCCAAUGCAGGCCUGCAGGUGGCAGCACUGCAUUGGAAUAUACAGAUUUUUCUAUUCAGUAAGGAGUAAAAUCUCAUUACUGAAUUGAAACCGCAAUCUGAUGAAUGCAGGUUUUAAAAAUAUUAGAAAAAGUCACCCUCCUUCCCCCAAAACUUAAAAUAAAAUAUAAAUAGGCAUUAUUGUGUCCAAAAACGCUUGCACUACUAAAAUAUAAAAAUAUUCCAAACUGAAUGGCGUAACAGACAAAAAAAAAAAAUC